AUGACGUCACACAUCCGGGUUGUGGAGCCAUUAGUGACUAUUGACAGUUGGCUUUUGUCGCCUUUCAGGACAGCCCACGGCUUUUGUUUGUUGACGAGAGUUAUAUGCGCAAUACAAAGCUCUACUUGUUUUGCUGUAGAGGAACCAGACACUCUCUUCUGUCCAAAACCCCAGGAACACUUUGAUGGCUCCUGCUAUGAGUUUGUUGGUCUGCAGCGUUCCUUCCUUAGUGCCCAAAAUUGGUGCGAGCGAGGAGGAGGACACAUAGCCUUCAUCCUGAACAGCGAGACGCAGCAGUUCCUUCAGAAGCACUUAAGUCCGGAGAAGGACUGGUGGCUUGGAUUGGCACCUGCUGCACCAAAUCUCACUCUGGAUGCCAAUGAGGUUUCUCUGGCAUGGCUGGAUGGCUCAGAUGUCAGCUACGAUAACUGGGAGGAAAUACCCGAUCCACAAGCAACCUGUGGACAUAUCCUGAAACAGUCGGGCUUCCAGUGGGAAGCAUCAGACAACUGUAGCCAAGAACUUAACUUUGUCUGCCAGUUUGAUUCCGGGAGAUCUAUUGCAUGUGAAGGCCAGAAUGUCACAUUGCAGUGCGGCUCGGGUCAAGUCUUAGAGAUAGUUGACAGCUUCUAUGGUCGAAAAACAAUUCACUACUGUCGGACCAAACUCACCGCCCUAGUCUCAACUCCUCAGGAGCAGUGCAGCUGGAUAGAUGUUAUGGCCUCUGUAAAGGCCAGUUGCCAUGGUCUGCAAGCGUGCCAAGCUAAUGGGAAGCCUUACAGUGAACCUUGUCCUCUGUUGGGAAGUUACUUGUCUGUGGAAUACCGCUGCAAAGAUGGACUCCACCUGCUGAUAAGUAAACUGGCGGCAGUGUUUGAUAAUGUCACUAUUACUGUCAAGUGGCUGCUGAAUCCCUAUGAGGGAAACCUUACAUGUGCUCUGAAUGCUGGAGAUGGACAUACUAUUGAUCCCUAUAGCCCAGAAGAGACUGAAAGCACAAUAAUGCACACGUUCAAAACACCUGGACUUUUUGUGGUCACAGUGGAGUGUUCCACCAGUGAUUGGCAUGUGACAGCUCAAAAGUCCAUAACAGUUCAGGAGCCUGUGGGUCAGUUUGGUGACAUCAAGUGCUAUAGCACCAACACGUCAGAAGGUGGCACUAACUGCACCUUGUUCUAUGGCGGAGGGCCUGUUGAAGUCCAGGUCACAGUAGAGGCAGGUACAAAUGUUACCUAUGUGCUUCAAUAUAAGGACAUUUUACUUGCAAACUCAUCGGCUGAGCAAGGGAUCACGGCGCACAACAUUACGCUGACUGCAAAUACAGUGGAAAAGCUGGGGCGUGGCUGUAAAAACCUCACUUUGACCGCCUCCAACAAUGUCACAACCCAGACGGUGUCCACCGAGUUUCAGCUGUGUCUACUGGAGACGGUGGAGGGUCUGCAAGCCUCAGUGAUAGCAGAGGACGGCCAGUGUCCCGACUCCACUGAUCUCAGUAUUAGUGUUUCCCUGGAGCGAGGAGCCCCUGUGCGACUUCUCUUCACGCUGACUGCGGUCAAUGACAGUCACUCUGAGACCAGAGAGAUGCUCAAUGGAAGCUCACAAACGUAUACCUUUGGUAGCCCAGUGGAAGAAUUGUUCAGUUUAAAUGUGCAAGCUGUGAACGCCUUCUCAGCCUCUGAUUUCAAUGUGAGCCUGGAUCAAAUAUUCCUGGCUUGCAAGAACUACUCAGACUCUGGAAACCAGAGUGUUGGUGACUCUUACAACUUGAGAGUCAACACAUCUGUCGACUCUGUGGCUGACUACACCAAUGACGUCACUCUCACGGUUCAUGGAGAUGCAUCAUUGCCCAGCAAAGGAAUUAAAUACAAGUGGAAUUGUAGAGGGGAUUGCAAAUGUAGAAACCAAAAAAAUGAUGAAACUCAUGUGAUUGACAAACAAUGCCUUCCAAAUCCAUUUGAGAUGGCUGUGUACACUGUGACUGUGAAAAAAACAGCCUGGUUUAGGAAAUGGGUCAAACUAGCCUCCGCUUCAAAGUGCAUCACCGUUGUUCCAAAAGAAUUCCAAAAUGUCACCAUCAGCUGUGAUAACUGCAAUUCAAUUAAUGUGCGCCAAACUGUAAAGUUGAAACUGAACUGUGAGAAGACAUGCCCAGAUGUGGAUUGGUACCUUGAGGAUCCAAAGCCAUUAAAGGGUGAACGUAAAACCUGCUACUCGCAAGAAGGAAGAAAGCCACUGAUGAAGGAGCAGGAAGGCAACACUAAAUUUCUUGUGAAAAGUCAACAGCUGACAUAUUCAAGGGAUAAUUUGCUUAACAUCACUGUUAUUGCUCAAGGAACAUCGGACUUAGGUUAUGCUAGGUACACACUGCCAAUACCAGAUCCAGAGCCAACAACUCAAGCCCCUGCAGACCUUCACCACCCAACUUGUAGCAUCUCUCCACCAUCAGGCACUGUGCUUGAUGCGUUUGAUAUCACCUGCCAAGCAAGUUCCUUCUGUUCUUCAGGCUGUCUUUAUUGCUUCAAGACAGACACAGGCAAACAGCUGCGCUGCAGUAAUACUGAAGUUGUGAAAUCUAUCUUAUUGCCCAUCGGAGACAAGAAGAACAAUUACAAUCUGUCCCUUGUGGUGACUGUGAAAAAUGAAGAUAAGGAAGUAACCACGACUGUCCACGCUCAGGUAUGGAAAAGCAACACCAGUGCUUCUGUGGAUGCUCUCCAGUCAGUGCUAGAUGAUUCAGUCUCCCACCUGGAGGAGCAGGGUCUUCUCUCUGGUGAGGCCCUCGGACAAAUCGUCACCUCAGUUGUCGAUGUGCUUAACACAGAGACUGACGAAGAUCAGAAGGACGCGAGGACGAAGCUUCGAGAGCAGAUGCUGAGCAAAAUGACCACAGUGUUGCAAGAUUCCCCCACCAACACCAGUCAGGGGGUGCAAGUGACAGCCAUGGCCGUAGUCGGACUCACGCAGCGCUCAGACGAGCUCAGUACCUCUGCCCAGGAAGAAGCGAGUUCAUUGUUGGUUGACCUUAGCUCCUCCCUAAACACUAUCAGUAUUCAUCAAGAAGACGAGGACGAUGUAGAAGUUGUGGAAGGAGCUGCACCUAUAGUUGAAGCAGCCAGUAAUAUUCUGAACGCUUCGUCAAAUGAAAAAGUUUCCAACUUUCUUCUUGCUGGGAUAAACAAUGUCCAGAAUGCUUUGCUGAAUCAUAAGAAGUUGAAUGGAGAUCCAAUCAUCAUUGACUCUAAUCAGAUCAGUGUAUAUGUCAAUAGAGUGUCUCCAGAAACCAUGUCUGAGCAGGACAUACACAUCCAGAGGAGCAGUGCUUCUAGAUUUUCUUUCCCUUCUCUGCCUGCUGAUGUAGUCUCACCGGACGAGCCAGUGGAUGUUAGAAUGAUGAGUUUUGAAAAGAACCCAUAUUCGUGGAAAGGGGGAAACAUUUCGGGAACUGUGGGAUCUGUCUCUCUUACAAGAAUGAAUGGCUCCGUCAUCCCUGUUAAGAAUUUGCCUUCAGAGAUUGAGAUUCUCCUUCCCAGGCCAGAUGUACGACAGGAGAACAGUACAGUUCUGGACUUGGGAAAUUUUAGCACGAUUAUUAUUGAAGUUCCUUCCCCUGAUGUAACACUGGUGCUAAAAACUGAGCCCUCUGAAGACAUUUCCUUCAUGUUACUUCUUGGGUACAAGAAGUAUCCGACGAGUGAGGACUAUGUCGCAAAAAUUCAGAUGCCUCUCGAGAAUGUAAAAGAAGAGGAAAAAUAUACCUGGGUCCUUAGUCCUCAAGAUAGGACAGGUGAUGUUGGUGUGCACUUCCUUGUCAUGAAGCCAAAAGUAGAGCCGGGCGUAAAAUCUGUUAACACUACUGUCAGUAUCAUAACCAUUGCAGCCCAGUGCAAGUACUGGGACGAUAUCGAGUCUUCUUGGAGUGAAAAUGGCUGCCGGGUUGGCCCACUCACCACGCCUUUGGUCACUCAGUGUCUGUGUAACCACUUAACUUUCUUUGGCAGCUCUUUUUUUGUCAUGCCAAACCUAGUAGACGUAUCCCGCACCGCAGAACUUUUCGCCACUUUCGCAAACAACCCUGUGGUGGUGUGUUUUGUGGGGGCAAUCUUCUUUGCUUAUCUCCUGGUGGUUGUCUGGGCUCGAAGAAAAGACAUUCAGGACACAGCUAAGGUCAAGAUUACAGUGCUUGAAGAUAAUGACCCUUUGGCAGAGUACUGCUAUAUGGUGACAGUUAGCACGGGGCAUCGCCAUGGCGCAGCCACCUCCUCACAGGUGACAUUAACCUUGCUGGGAACGGAAGGAGAAAGCGAGCCCCACCAUCUGACUGAUCUUGAGAAACCUUUGUUUGAGAGGGGCGGAGAGGACAUAUUUCUCUUGACCACACACUUUUCUCUUGGAGAGUUGCAGGGCAUCAGGUUGUGGCAUGACAACUCGGGCACCCACCCUGCAUGGUAUGUCAACAAAGUAACAGUGCAAGAUCUGGAUGGUGGCCAGAAAUGGCACUUUCUUUGUAACUCCUGGCUUGCUGUCGACGUGGGAGAAUGCAGUCUUGACAAGGUCUUCCCAGUAGCUACAGAGGAGGACCUGAAGAAAUUUAGCAAUCUGUUUUUCAUGAAGACAGCUAAGGAUUUCCGUGAUGGACACAUCUGGUUCUCUGUCAUAAGUCGACCUCCAUGCAGCACUUUUACCCGUGUGCAGCGAGUUUCUUGCUGCUUUUCCCUGUUGCUGUGCACCAUGCUAACUAGCAUCAUGUUUUGGGGUGUUCCUACAGAUCCCUCGGAACAGACCAUGGACCUGGGUCACAUUGAGUUCACCUGGCAGCAGGUUAUGAUUGGCUUUCAGAGUUCCAUCAUCAUGUUUCCCAUCAAUCUACUCAUUGUGAGCAUCUUUAGAAACACUCGUCCUCGGGAAAAGGUCAUAAAAUCAGACAAGACAAAGCAGGGGAAGACAGUUCGAGUGUCCCCAUCACAGACCUCUUCCCCUCUGAAAGAACAGAAGGACAUCACACCAGACACUGUGAUGAAGGACAUAAAGAGAAUUGCCCAGUCACUGUCAAAGGCCAUGAAGAGUCCUCUGCCUCAUAUUGAGCUACGACCUGGUCAACAGACCGAUAUCAACACCUUGCUGUCACUGGUGGAAGACAUCAUAAGACAGCAAAAUCGAUCCUCCUGUGACUUCUACACUGAUACCGCCAAAAGAGAACGCUCCAUCCUAAGUCUAGGUGCAGUGGACCUUCAAGAAAAGAGUGUAUGGGGCAGCCCGGAGAAGACCUCAGAUGGGGUUCAGAAGAAGAGCAACAACACCAGGUAUCUGUACAGGCAGCUGCGUCAUGUUGAGAAGAAGCUUGGUUUCCUGGGAUCUUCUCGAUUCCCAAACCCAGACAGCUACAACAAAGCCAUGCAGCAAGUUCAGGGAAUGAAGAACCUUCUGGAGUUCCACCUCCCGUCACCAUGCCUGUAUGGAGAACAGUCGGAUCGCAGUCCUAGUCCAGAAGAGAGAGGAGAAAACGGAGCCGGUGCUAAAAAAUGUUGCCAGAGUGGGUUGCCAUGGUGGUUUGUCUUUGUGGGCUGGACAUUGGUGAUCGCAACUAGCGGUGUGUCAGGAUACUUCACCAUGAUGUACGGGCUGACUUAUGGGAAAGAUCGCUCUAUAAGCUGGUUAAUAUCCAUGGUGGUGUCUUUUUUUGAGAGCUUGUUCAUCACGCAACCUCUUAAGGUUCUUGGCUUUGCUGCUUUCUUUGCUCUUGUUCUGAAGAAGGUGGACCAGGAAGAAUACGGAGACCCUCAGAUUGACGAUAGCCUCAAAAAUCAUGAUGAUCCUGAUGCUGUGCGAGCAGCACGAAGAGACAGCACAUGCAGUUUCUACCAACCACCGCCUCCAAUGGACAUUGAGAGGAUGAAGAACAACAUGAUUAAAGAGCAGAAAGUAUUUGCUCUCAUUCGGGAAAUUCUUGCCUAUAUGGGGUUUAUGUGGAUGUUGCUCCUGGUGGCAUAUGGCCAGAGGGAUCCCAAUGCUUACUUCCUGACCCAACACAUUCGCCAGAGCUUUAGCAAAGGCAUCGCAGACACUAUGAGUAUUCAAGAUGUGUUCAACUGGGCAAACACUACCGUUCUGAGCAGCUUGUUUGGAGAUCACCCAGGCUUCAUCACAGAUGGAAACUCAAAGCUAGUGGGUAAUGCCCGUCUUCGCCAAAUGAGGGUAAAGAACAAUUCUUGUCAGGUGGCUCGCCGCUUGCAACAGGCAGUGCCUGAAUGUCAUGCUCUGUACUCAUGGGAGAUGGAGGACAUGGGCUCCUAUGUCCCAGGCUGGAAGUAUUCUAAAUCUGAUAAUACAUCUGAGGACCUCCACAGCCCCUGGAAGUAUCAGUCUCAGGGUAAACUGAGGGCCUAUCCCAUCUGGGGAAGCAUGAUGCUCUAUAGAGGAGGAGGCUUUGUGGUGGAACUUGGACCAGAUUUACAUAACUCCACCAGAUCCCUUCGAUAUCUUUAUGAAAACCGUUGGUUUGAUACGUACACCCAAGCCAUCUUUGUUGAGUUCACAGUGUACAACGCCAACGUCAACCUCUUCUGCAUCAUCACACUCAUGCUGGAGACUACAGCCAUAGGGGCUUUCCAGUUUCGCAGUGAGCUCCAAAAUGUUCGUCUCUACCAAUCAACUGGUGGCCUGCACAUCUUUGUCAUGGCCUCUGAAGUCAUUUACUUCCUCUUCAUCCUGUAUUACAUGUUUGUUCAGGCAAAGCUGAUGAAGCAGCAGAGAUGGACCUACUUCAAGAGUAAAUUGAACCUGCUUGAGCUGGCGAUCAUCAUUCUCAGCUGGAGUGCACUGUCCGUCUUUAUCAAGAGGACUCUGCUUGGGAAGCGGGACAUGGAAUACUACCAGAACCACAAAGACCAAUACGCCAGUUUUCAUGAGACAGCCAAGGCUGAUGCAGUGCUAGGCUAUCUGAUUGCCUUCCUGGUGCUGCUGGCUACAAUCAAACUGUGGCACCUGCUGAGACUUAACCCCAAGCUGCACAUGAUCACAGCGACGCUCCAGCGAGCCUGGACAGAUAUCUCCGGCUUCCUGGUGGUCAUGACCAUCAUGUUUCUGGCCUACUCCAUCGCUUCUAAUCUGAUGUAUGGCUGGAAGCUGUACUCUUAUCGCACUCUUUUCGAUGCUGCUCAGACCAUGGUCAGCCUUCAGCUGGGCAUUUUUAACUAUGAUGAGGUUCUGAAUUACAACCCAGUACUGGGUGCCUUCCUCAUUGGCUCCUGCAUUGUGUUCAUGACGUUUGUGGUGCUCAACCUCUUUAUCUCUGUCAUCCUUGUGGCCUUCAGCCAAGAGCAGAUACAUCACAAGCCAUCAGAGGAGGAGGAGAUAGUGGACAUGAUGAUGAUGAAAGUCUGCAGUUUAUUCGGAAUCAAAUGUAAGAAGCAUGGUGAUAACAGCUUUUCUGACAAGGCUGGAAUUUCAUCUACUCCAAAUAACAUGAUCUCAAUAAUUUCUCCAGGGAGCGUUGAUAAGGAUUCGUAUGUUCCACUUUAGUCAAAGUUAUUAUAAAAACGCGCUUUGGGCUUUGUUGUUGCUUGCUUGUUUCAUUCUUCUACUGUGCUGUUGACUGCAUAAAGGCCUACAAGUAUGUGCAUUGUUUUCAUCUAUACCGUCUUUACUCUAUGUACGUCUCUCUACUCUACGUCUAUAUUGUAAAAGAAGAUGAAACAGUUAAUGUAGGGACUAGGAUGCAUGGUAUACACAAAUCACUACAUUUAUGCUGCUGUAUAUCUAAUGUCUUAGAUAGAUUCUAUUGAGCACAAUAAUAGUAUUUGCUUAAAGGGGGCCUACGAUAAUUCUAAUCUACGUUUAACACUCUUCUUUGUGGUCUAGAUAAUAUGCAUUCCGAUAUACUUCGGUAUAAAUUCUGCACCACAGUCACAUUUUCACUCGUUUUCUGCAAAUAGUUUGCAUGUGAAGGUGUUUUCAGAUUCCAAAAGUAUCAGAAUGUAUGUUUUAGAAUUCAUCUUUUCAAAAUGUACACUGUUAAACCACUAUUUUUUUUUUCAGUCGCAACAAUAUAUCGACUCUCGGAUUGAUUCAUAGAAAAAAAGAUGCUUUCACCAGCAUUUAGCUCACUGCAUGUCACACAUUGGUGUUACUGUGCGCAUGCCAAAAUUAGAUAAAAAUAAUACUUCAUCCUACCUUUUCUUUUGUUUCCUUGAAUCAAGUAAAACGCAAUGGCGCCGUCUUUUUCAUCUGAGUUUAGCAGCAAAUCUAACUUGUACUUACGGGUCCAUGUUGACAAAACAGUUCCGCUUGAAAUGUUGUGGACAAAUAAACAUGUAAGUAUUUGUUUUACAUACAUCAGAGCAGGUGGGAGAGCAUGAAACGAGAAGGAAUGACACGGGAUACUGCAGGCAUCGGCACUAUAGAGCAGAGCAGAGAGGAGGGGCCUGUCAGAAAGCAUGGACUAAAAAAAAAACACAUUUCUACGUCUAACAACCUGGAUGUCACAAAUGGCCUACUGUUUAAAAGACACUGCAAAAUACUGCGUUCAGGGAUAUCCAAAACUGCGUGCACGCUCACGCCUAAAAGCAUAAACUUUAUAAUUUGACGUUUUGGCAUUGUUCAACAUAAAUAACCAACAUUUUAACAACAUUUAUAUGCCAGAAAAGAGGAAAAUCAUUAUUAGGAUUAGUGUGACCCCUGAAAAUCAUUUUGUUUUUCAUUAAAACAAUGCAACUUUUUCCACACAUAUUCAUAUACAAAAUUAUAAUACAAUAUAAUCACAAUUAUAAUGUAUAUAGUAUAUAAUGUAUAGCUGCUAAAGUGUUGAACGUAUCUUACAUCACAGAGUAAUUGUAUUGAACUUUGGCCCAAUAAUACAUAUUAGCUAAAUUGUGUAACAUGAACAAAAUAAAUAUAUUUAAGCCUCCAUCAACAAAAGUCUUCUGAUUGUACCCUCAAAAUACAGAGUAAUGUAAGUACAUGAGCUGUACAUUUGGAAAGUUAAAAACCAUGAGUUAUUGGUUUGUACAUGUUGAUAUAAGAACAUGAAGCAUGAACAGAUUGUUGUCAAUCAAUGGAUCAGGAAUAUUUUCAAACAGCUAUAAACAUGCACAACUGGCUACUCAUUAGAGCAGCGGUCUCCAAACUACGGCCCACCAGCGUCCAAAAUCCGGCCCACGGGAAGUUCCAAGUAAAAAAAUAUAUAUAUAUAUUAUUUUUUUAAAUGUGUCCUUUCUAAUCCAUUUUCUACCACUUGUUACUCUCUGUGUCUCCUAGCCGUUCAGGCAAACAUAUUGUCAAAAAAUGCAUUUUCCCUUCGAUAACGUGAU